UCCUCCGCGGCCAUCACAACAAGUGAUUUGAAAAUUUGCAAACUUUCAACAGGGAUUUUAUGCUAGGCUAGCUGGUUAUUUCCAUUUCCAAAUUAACUUAGUGUUAGAUAAUUGUGGAGUAAUCCAUUUUAUUUGAUUAUGCUCUGUAUUUUGCUGUCAAUGUAUUUAUGUAAAUGGUACCAUGAUUUGAAUAAUAGACAAUGAUCAUGAGAUGCCCAUCUACAUCUGAUUAACGUUAGCUGUUAGGCAAGUCGUGAUGUAACUAGCUAGCGUUAAAGUUAAUCAAAACUGUAACAUUUCAUAAAUUACAAAAAAACGCCAUGACUGAGUGGAGAUGGACCAAGGCAGUAGAAGAACAAUCAAUCCAAAUGGAGGCUCUGGACACUCAUCAUCAUCGCACAGCUAUUAUGUUACUCCAUGUGAUCCCUGGCACAGCACACCUGUGAAAAAGAAGAAUGUGGGAGCGUUUAUCGAGGAGCCCUCCCUAGUGUCCACCUCAGCUCAGAAUGAGGGACAGAAGAUGGCCAGCCAGUCAGCCAGAAGUCCCCCAGGCCUUAGUCCUACAGGCAGCCUCUACACCCAAACCCCCUCCCUGUCUCUACCCCUCCUACAGGACAGAAAGUCUCUUGGUGAGAUGGAGAGUGCCACCAUCCAAAGGCAGAGGCGGGAGCUGCAGCUGCUUAUUUCUGAACUGAAGGACCGGGACCAGGAGCUCAACACCAUGGCUGCUGCCCACCACAAGCAGCUCACUUCCUGGGAACAAGACCGCCAAAGAGUCCUGACCCUGGAGCAGAGGUGUGCUCGCCUGGAGGAUGAGCUUCAGAAGCGUAAUGAGGUGAUCAGAGCUGUGACUAAGAGGGUUCACGUCGUGGAGGCCCGGGAGAAGGAAGGCCACAGGGAGCUCAACUCUACCCAGCAACAGCUGCUCGAGCUGGUGCAGAAACAGCAGCACGCCAGCCAACACUGUCACGACCUGAAGGAGAAGAACCAAAGUCUGAACUCCACAGUGAUGUCUCUGUCAGCCCAGCUGGGCUCUCUGCAAGUCAGAGGGGAGGAGCUCAGCGCCAUGCUCAGACUCAAGGACAAGGAUGUGACGGAGGCAACCAAUCACAUCGUAGAUCUGUCUGGGCGCCUGCGGGAGAUGGAGGGUUUGCUGAAGGAGAGUCGAUCACAGGAAGCCAGGGUGCUCAGGGAGUUCGAGGAGCACAAACGGCGAUACAGAGAGGCCCGGCACGAGAACACACGGCUCAAAGAAGAGUUACAGCAGCAGGUGACAGAGGGCAGUGCCCAGAGAGAGGACAUCAUCCGUCUGAAACAGGAAGGACAGCUGCUGCGCAGGGAGCUGGCUCUCUCGGGUGAGGGGGAGAGCUGGAAGGAUGAGCUGCUGGGAUUGGCUCGUUCCAAGCAGGAGCGCACAGAGUCAGAGCUGCACUGUCUACGCCAGGUGUGUGAGAACCAGCAGAAUGACCUGCAGCUGCUUCAGCUGAACCUGGAGAGCACCCGGGAGGCCCUGAAACAGGCUGAGGGACAGGGGCCAAAUGGAAGAGGAGGUGCUGAAAUGGUGUCUAUGACCAGUCAGGGAACAGAGAGAGGAGAAGGAACAGAGAGACGAGCAGCAGGGUCAGUCUACAGACAGGCUUUAAGCAGGAGUAUAGACCCCCACCCAAACCAACCAGAACCCCCCUUCCCCCUCCUCGUCACAGGAGAGAGACAGGCACCCCAGCAGGAGGAGGAAAGUAGUGUUUCAGGUUUGACCUCUGACCUCACUGACGGUACAGUGGCAACCCGGGACCUCACUGCUGCUGUCCCCAGAGAGUUGCUGAGUCACUCAACGGUCCAAGCUAGCAGCGUUAGUGACCGUUUGUCAUCAACGGAGAGAGAGAACCAGAACAUAUCAAACCCCCGUACUCACAGUUCCUACACCAAGCGAGAGUCAAGUCACCAGGAAACAAUGGCAGGGAGAGAGAGUAGAGAAACCAUGGAUACACCUAGCAUAGCCGGCGCCACAGGAACGCUUAGUCGAACUCGAUCGCCAGAUCAAGCUAGCGUCAACUUCAGCGACUACCUGUCUACUGUUUCAGGAACCCAAAGCACGUCUCUUAGGCAACAAGAACAACAACAACUCACCAAACUCAGCGAACAUGAAUCAAACUACAGCAGCCAGGAAACACUAGGGAGAGCUAGCAAGGAAACCAUGGCAACCCGUAGUAGCCUAGCCGCUGGAACCACCACACUGUCGCUGAGCGACCGCAUUGCUAGCUAUCGCAGCCAACAGAAAUCAGCAGGGAGAGAAGGCAGAGGCAUACAGAGUCAGAUUGGAGUUAGUGGGAAUAAUAGUGGGAAUGAGGGUUCGUUAAACCGCACUCCCGAUCAAGUUAGCAUUAGCGACAGAGUCUCGAACUACAGCCGCCAGGGAGCUUCAGGAAAAGAAGGCAGAGGGACACGGAGUCAGAGUGGAGUAAGCGGGAAUUUCAGCAAGAAUAACAGCGGGAAUGUGGGUCACACUUCUGGUAAAGUUAGCGACGGAGUCUCGAACUACAGCCACCAGGGAACAUCAGGAAAAGAAUGCAGGGAGUCAUUGUGUGAGGAUGGAAUCGGUACGAAUGCCGGUUCCCUGGUGGAGAGGACUGAGUCCCCUGAAUGUGGGUGUAGCAGUAUGGUUGAGGGACAGACAGGACCUAGCUCCUAUAAGACAGCUAGUUGUGGUAGUAUGACUGAAGUACAGGCAGGGCAGAGCUGUGGCUUUGGUAGUAUGGUUGACGGACAGACAGGGCCCAGCUGUAGGUGUAGAUAUACAUCUGAAGGCCAGGAACAGAGUGAACCUAGCCCGUCUGAAGCAGGCAGCUCUGAGACAGGGACAGAGGCAGGGCCAGGUGCAGGGAUGGAGCUCCUAGCUGUGUUUAAUGGAGGACCAGAGACCGAGGACUCCUCCAUACUGCUGGUGGACAUCAGCCCUUGUAACACCUGCCAAGGUGAUCUCACCUGUGUGUACCUGGAUAGCCCCUCCCCUUCCUCCCGGAGUAGGAGGAGCCUUGGUCCUGCAAAUGACUCCACCUCUCCAACAACCACCAAUGAACGAGGUGUUGUCAAUGGCAACCUGGGAGGCCUUUUUACAGCUUUAGAAGAUGAGGACCAGCGUUCCUCAACCAAUCAUCUACAGAGGCUGCUAGCUGAGUCUCGUCAGAUGGUGGCUAGCCUGGAACGCACAACCCUACAACCGUUAUGCCCCUCCCACAGCCCGGCCUCUAACUGUGACGCUAUCAUCAGUCUCAGCAUCGGCCAAAACAGUGGCAACAGUAGCCAUGGAAACCACAGUCAUAGCUGUGACAGACGUAAUCACAGCGAUCCCGAUCAUCACCCCAACCAGAGCUCCACCCACACCACAAGACCCAGUCAAACAAGCCGGCUGGAUGGUGAUACUCCACCCAGGAACACUCAGCCCUUCCAGAGGAACAAGGAACCAGGGGCGUCUACCUAAACACACCUUUACACACCUGGCCUGGAAUGUCUAGGAGGGGUGAUGGUGGAGGCUGAAGACUACUCUGUUUUCUACUGUAGACAUUGAGUCUGGAGUCACAUUGGUAUGGCUUUAACCCCAGUCCCAAACCGAUAUCAGCCUAGUCACAAGUAGCAGGAAGUGACACUUGGGGUCAAAGGUGAAAUCUCCUCCAAUCAGAACCAGGGACACAGCGAUAGCCAGCCAAUGAAUGAAUUAAACGGCUUUUUUAGGAAACCAAAGAAGGACUUACAUUUCUUUAUGUGAAAACUUAUGUUACGUUAUACGAUACAUUAAACUUUUAAAAUUAUUGUUUUAACAACUUUUAAAACAUGUUUAGUGUUAUAUGUCCAAUGUCCUGCCCCUCUCAGACCUGGUCAUAAGCUAUUUAGGAACCAUUUAGUAAUAUGCAGGUGAGAUGUGAAACCAGUCAUUCAGGCCUGUUGAAUGGUGCUUUGGGUUAUUGUCAUUCCGGUUUCACUGCCUGCAAACCUGCUGGAUGGCUCCAAUAAGAUGACUGAUUACUUAUGAGGACUGAGAGACUGCUCCAUUGAAAAGAAACUUGAACCUCUCACAUUGCAUUUUGUAUUUUUUAUGUCAACAUUUUGUAUUUUUAUGUCAACAUUUUGUAGUUAAUGUUUUUGUAAUCAUUACUUUUUAUAAAAUAAUUUAUAUUCAGUCAGACUAUGCAAAUACUAAGAAAAAUUUACCACUGCAGUAAAAUGUUUGAUAACCACAUCAAAUUCCAGAUAUUAUGUGAUUUUGAUAACAUGAUGAAGGAAAAAUACGAUUAAUA